AUGACUGAAGCGAGAAGCGAUUGCAAAGUAUUUGUACCAAAAUCAAUCUUGCAACAACACUAUGGCAUGCAUCUUGCAACAACACUAUGGCAUGCAUCUUGCAACAGCACUAUGGCAUGCAUCUUGCAACAACACUAUGGCAUGCAUCUUGCAACAACACUAUGGCAUGCAUCUUGCAACAGCACUAUGGCAUGCAUCUUGCAACAACACUAUGGCAUGCAUCUUGCAACAACACUAUGGCAUGCAUCUUGCAACAACACUAUGGCAUGCAUCUUGCAACAGCACUGUGGCAUGCAUCUUGCAACAACACUAUGGCAUGCAUCUUGCAACAGCACUAUGGCAUGCAUCUUGCAACAACACUAUGGCAUGCAUCUUGCAACAACACUAUGGCAUGCAUCUUGCAACAACACUAUGGCAUGCAUCUUGCAACAACACUAUGGCAUGCAUCUUGCAACGACACUAUGGCAUGCAUCUAUUUAA